AGUAAGGAGCAGCUGAUCACAGCUGACGCGAGUAUCGUUCGUGUACUUAUUCAUUUAUUUUCGCUCUGUUAGGUUAACGUUUCUAUAAGUCACAAAGUAAUGUUGGGAAAAAUAAAAACAAAGCAGGAGAAAAGUGGCGAGAUUGUUGCAUAUAGUGAGGCAGCAGUUGUAAACAAUGCUGCGGUUGUAGAAUAUUGUAAAAUAUCAAUGGCAGCUUUGUCUGGUGGUACAGCUGGCUUACUAGGAUUGACCGGGUUAUAUGGAUUUGGAUUUUAUAUCUUUGCAGUUUUCGGGCUAUGGGCAAUGCUAUUGAUGAAAGCUGGUGGUCAGUGGAAAAAAUAUUUUAUUAGCAGACGGCAUUUAUUAACGAGCGGUUUCUUUGGGGGGCUUUGUACAUACGUAUUAUUCUGGACAUUUUUAUAUGGGAUGGUUCAUGUUUACUGAGGACAACAGCGACGAUUUGCAAUAUUUAUGAUAACGCAAUUAUAAAUACAUAAGUAUCAUAAAGUUGCAUAAUUAGAUAUAAGCCAGUCAUAAGAAUUGUUGUAUUUUUUUCACUCAAGUAUUUUGAAUAUUGAGCAAAUAAAUGAUAAAACAUUCAUAUGAU